AACCGUGAAGCUCUGCUGGUAAAAAGUCACUUCGUCAGUGUUUGUGCAUUUAUGAAUUGGUACUACGCAGACGUAGUAAGUAAAGAAUCACCCCAGGACAUACUGGAUAGGCUUAGAGGGACUUUGGUUGUUAUAACCUAGAGUUUGUUAGCCUUGUCAGGCUGUGCAUUUACGCAGUCACAGACAGAUAGGGCAUCUCUGUGUAACAUCUACUCCCUAUCAGCCAUGUCCCGCUCUGUGGUACAGAGUGUGAUAAGUGUCGAGCAGGAUGAAGGAGUUGGGGCCAGAGUGCGCAGAAGUGUGGGGCGAUCUGAGUUGAGAAGCUUGGACCCCUUCCUCAUGCUGGAUGAGUUCAGAGUUACUUCCCCUGCUGGGUUUCCUGAUCACCCUCACCGAGGCUUUGAAACUGUGACAUACAUGUUAAAAGGCUCAAGCAGGCAUGAGGAUUUCUGUGGACACAAAGGAACUAUAAAAGCAGGAGAUUUACAGUGGAUGACAGCGGGGCGGGGUAUAGUUCACUGUGAGAUGCCUCAUGGUGCUGAGGAGGCUCAUGGCCUACAACUGUGGGUGAAUUUAGCUCAGAAGGACAAGAUGGUCAAACCGGUUUAUCAGGAGUUGCUCAGUAAGGAUAUACCAGUGGCUACUAAAGAUGGGGUUACCGUCAAGGUCAUCGCAGGGGAGUCAUUUGGAAUCAAGUCGCCUGUGUACACAAGAACUCCAACUCUGUACCUAGAUUUCCACAUGUCCCCAGGGUCUAGAAUGAGUCAGCCCAUUCCCUCAGGGUGGAAUGCUUUUGUUUACAUGCUCUCAGGAACAGCCCACUUUGGGCCCUCAGAAUCUCAGUCAGAAGGCCUGCCUCAUCAUACCUUAGUCCUAGGGGAUGGGCAGAGACUGGAGGUGGAGAACAAGUCAUCAGAGAAAUGCCACUUUGUGUUGAUUGGAGGGCAACCUUUGAAUGAACCAGUUGUGCAGCACGGACCCUUUGUCAUGAAUACUCAGCAGGAAAUUCAGCAAGCCAUAGCUGACUACCAGCGGGCUAAAAAUGGGUUUGAAAAUGCAAAGUCAUGGGAAUCUGAUUAUGUGAAAAGUCGCUAACCUACCUGUAGGCUGUUUAGUUUUAUGGAUGAAUUGAAACAAAACAUGACAGAGGUCAUUUGGGGUCCGUAAAUACUCAUAUUUAUUAACAUAUAUUCCUACAUUUAUACAUGUACGUGCUAUUAGAAGCAUGGUUGUGUAAUGAAAAUUUUAUGAUUCGCUGGAUUUCUGUCAUAAAUGCUGUUAGACUGAUAUUUGUCUUGAACAUUUUUGAGUGGAGUUUUAUUUAUGUGAUUUAACAAGAUUUAAAUUACUGUGAUAAUAAUCGUUCUUAUAAAAUUUUGACUUAUU